AAGCUGACAGUAAUAGGAACACAAUAUGGCUUUUUUCAUGCAUUUGAGUCGAGAAGAAUAUUCAGAAUUUGUUUGCGGUUGUGGAGCUGCUAUUAUUAAUGUGGGCAUUACCUUCCCAAUUAAUAAAAUCAUAUUCAGACAGAAUUGUACUGUGGCAAUGAUCAUCAGCACUCGUCUACAGAAAGCAUAAAAGACAAACUAAUCCAUACUUAAAUUUACAAUAGUUAUUAAAUCAUACCUAAUGUGUUUGUUUUAUUCCAUGCAAUGUUUAUGUCCAAAAGAGCAUGUUGUUUAAUUAUUAUUUUUAAUUUAAAAUUUAAAAUAUUUAAUUUUAAUGUAAUUAUUUUUUAUUUUGCUUACUCAAUUUGCAUUCAUUAUUUAUUAAAAACCUAUUUUAUGUGUAGUUUUUUUGUUAUUAUAGUAUACAAUUUAUUGUUAAAUUAACCAAAUUAAAUAUUUCCUAUACCUACUCUGUUCCAUCUAAGAGUGUAACACUCAAAACCCGUUUUUUCUGCGCAUUCCUACCACAAUCCGCACAAUGGUGAGAACGUUAGCACAAGCGCCCGACGACUGGCCAAUCACAGAAAGCAUAGCCAUCGCAUGGAUGGAAGGGAGGAGGGUUAGGCACUGUUCUGCGGCUCAGUCUGCGUGUGUGAAAGUGGUUCACUCUUAGAUGGAACAGAGUAUAAUCUAAUAUAUUUUGUUAUUUUUUAUUAGGUAUACAUUUCUGUGGCAAUAUACAAGAUAUGUACAAAUUAAAAAACUAUGUUCCUACCAUUUUAUGCUACAUGGAGUAGGCCUAAGGAAUGCAGCUUCUCAACUUGUGAAUGAGGGGUUUUCUACUCUUUAUCGAGGGAUUUAUCCGCCAUUAUUUCAGAAGACAAUCUCUACAUCUUUAAUGUUUGGCACUUAUGACGCAAUCCAAAAACCACUUAUGGAUUCUAAUUUAAACUCAAGACUAGCCAAAAUCAUUGCAGCAUUGGUGGCUGGUACAGCGGAAGCUACAUUAACACCGUUUGAACGAGUACAAACAUUACUUCAAGACAACCACUAUAAUAAAAAUUUUCUAAAUAUGCGACAUGCAAUAAAAGUUAUUGCUACUGAUUAUUCAGUAUCUGAAUUUUACCGUGGUCUUACACCGAUUUUGUUGCGCAAUGGGCCCUCAAAUAUUUCCUUUUUCUUAUUACGUGAAGCUGCCAACUCUUAUAUUGUUAUACCCCCUACAGCAUGGACAGGCUAUAAACUAUUUAAAGAGUUUCUGACUGGGGCUUUUAUUGGUGCUUUAAACAGUGCUCUAUUUUAUCCAUGUAAUGUACUCAAAGUGCACAUGCAAAGCAACUUGGGUGGCCCAUUUAAAAGUAUUAAAGAAGCUGCAAUCGAAAUUUAUCAAGAACGUGGAAAUAAGAUAUCAUAUUUUUAUCGAGGAGUACACAUGAAUUAUACAAGGUCAUUUAUUAGUUGGGGUGUGGUUAAUGUUGCUUAUGAAAAUUUAAAAUGUUUUCUAAAAAAUAAUUAAAUUACAUGUAAUAUUAGAUAAUUAUUUUUGCUUCUCCAAAAUGUUUUAUUUACCUAAUUUAUUUAAUUUUUGUUUUUUGUUGUUCAAUAUUUAUUAUACUAACUUGCUUAAUAAAUACUGUUAUUGUAGUCACAA